AGGCAACGUGCAAAAGAAGAAGAAGAAGAAGAAGAGCUGCAGACUAAACGACAACAUUGCAUGCGGCAUCUGCUCCGAGCUGGGCAAGUUUUGGAUAAACCCUAACCAGCGAGUGAUCGGCCAAUUCUUCUAGAAUCUCGUCAUUAUGUUUAAAAAGUUUGAUGAAAAGGAAUCGGUUUCAGGCACACAGCAGUUGAAAUCAUCAGUGCAGAAAGGGAUAAGAAAUAAAUUAUUAGAAUCAUUCCCUUCACUUGGUGAUUACUUUGAAAAGAUUUUACCCAAGAAGGAGGCUUUUAGGAUUGUUAAAUGCCAUGAGCACAUAGAAUUGUUAGUAAGAAGUGAUGGAGAGCUGUUAUUCUUCAAACAGAGGGAAGGACCUUGGAUGCCAACAUUAAAGUUACUGCAUAAAUAUCCAUUUAUGCUGCCAUGGAUGCAAGUGGACAAAGGUGCCAUUCGUUUUAUAUUAAGCGGUGCUAAUAUAAUGUGUCCAGGACUCACAUCACCAGGUGCUAAGAUGUCCAAAGUAGACCAAAAUACGGUUGUAGCUGUGAUGGCUGAAGGGAAACAGCAUGCCUUGUGUGUUGGAAUUACAUCUUUGUCUUCAGAUGACAUAGCAAAGACUAACAAAGGUGUAGGUAUUGAAAAUUGUCAUUACCUUAAUGAUGGUUUGUGGUAUAUGAAACCUGUCAAGUAACUUUUAGUGUAAAGUUUAGAACUGUUAAAGUGCGGUAAAAUGUGGAAUGAUCCAAAAGUUAAUAAUAAAAGAAAAAAUUAUCUGUA